CAAAUAUUUUCCACACCAACAUUGACUGCCCGAACUAGCCGAUUCUCUUAAACCUUUGACAAUGGUAUUCUACAGAGCUUCGACGUUUGCACCAGAGAGCAAAGAGCGUCACACGGAGGGAUACAAAGUCACUCCGCCGUUCAAAAAUGAAUUACAGGAUGGCUUUCCGAACAACCAAUAUUUCAGGCAUUCAUUCCAACUUGAUGACUUGCCGUCUCCGGAUUCUCUUCUCCAACGAUCCAAUAUCUCAAACACUGGCGAUUGCCGUAUCGCCUCGUUCCGCCAUCCAGUGCACGCCAACAUCGUGAAUCCUUCGCACUUUCGCUCUGUCUCCAAUAACGGGCACACGAUUGCCGAUCAGGUUUGCCUUGGCGACUAUGGAAUUGACAUGAUGUCAACCCAACGUCUAAACGAGCAAAUUUGUUUCAGCGAAAUCCCUCCUCGUAUGGUAGUCAACCACAAGUACUUCGACCAUUACCGUGAUGCCGUCAACUUCAAUGUUCAGCCAUCGAAACCGGAAUCUACCUCCAACCCAAAGCAUCCUUUCCGUGGGGGUGUCGCCGUUCACUUUCCUGAACGCUUAUUCGAAAUGCUGGAUAGAGUGGAGGAGCUGGGAAUGUCCCAUAUCGUCUCUUGGCAACCUCAUGGACGUUCUUUCUUAGUACACAAGCCCAAGGAAUUUGUUUCCGCUAUCAUGCCACACUUCUUUCGUCAAUCCAAGUUCACGUCUUUUCAGCGACAGUUAAACUUGUACGGAUUUGUCCGACUGACAGUGGGUAAGGAUAGUGGUAGCUACUACCAUGAAUUGUUCCUGAGAGGCUGCCCAAUGCUCUGCCGUUGCAUUGUCCGUCGGCGAAUCAAAGGAAAUGGUGUGAAACCAGCACCUUCUCCAUCUACGGAACCGGAUUUUUACAGUAUGGAGCGCUGCGAAUCGACAGGUCCCAAAACAGAAAACGACACGUUGGACACGCAAAAAAAUGAACCUGGACCACAUCAAGACUGUAGACACCUUAAUGAAGAUAUACACUUUAGCUGCACCCCAGCAAGAAUCGAGGACCAAAUGAUGCCUGUGCCAAUCUGUCCGACAGAACCGGAGAAUUGGAUGCAGCCCAAUCGCAGACUUUUCGAACUCUUGGCCAAGGCCACAUCGAUGGAUACACACAUUUACGACGAGCUUGACUCCGUCUAUCGCGAGUUGGACAUUCCCGUUCCCGAUCCUCUUUUUGAGAUUGAUCUCACGGUGGCAACUGUAGAUGACUUUUGAGUCUGGAUUUGAAAAGUCUCAGACUGUACCUCCUCUACCGGUCGCUGCACAGGCGGGGGCAGCAACCAUUUUGAAACAGUAUGACGAGGAGACAAUGCAAUCAACGGUUCCGCCUAAUUGAAGUUAAUUGAUUAAUAUAAAGAGACAAAUGUUGAUGCAAC